AAGAGAAAGAGAGAAGGGGGUAGAGAAAGGAAGAGACAGAGAGCUCAAAGAGUGUGAAAAAGAGACAUGGAAGGGAGACAGCUAGUAAAGAGUGGAGAAAGGAUAUAAGUGGGAGAAGUUUGAGAGACAGAAAGAAGAGACAGAGAGUGUGAGAAGAAGAAGGAUAGAAGGGCUCUCUCUUAGACAUAGCGAGGUGAGAGCAGUGAUAGAAGGAGUCACAGACACAGGGAGGGAGUCUCAGCACUCUCAGGACUCUUUCGGAUGAACACUGUCAAGUAUGACUGUGAUGACGUAGAAUCUUCCCACUGAUUCCAGAUAGUGUGAAGAUCUCAGAAUUUCUCCCGCACAGAUCAGGCGCGUCCACCUUCCAGUAGAACAUGGCUUUUGUUCCCAUCAUAUUCAGCUUUGGUCUUUUCCAAGGUGUCUCCGCCACACAGCAGGCGUUCCGCGUACAGCCUGACAAUGCGACCAUCGUCCAGGGAUCCACACACGUGUUGGUCUGUGAAGUGGAGCACGCGUCGGGCACGGUCCAGUGGGUGAAAAAUGGUCUUCUUCUGGGGCCGGACCGCAGGAUACCCGGCUUUCCCCGUUACAGCAUGACCGGAGACCCCAACAAAGGGGAGUACAACCUACGCAUCGAGCGCUGCGACCUCUCCGAUGAUGCACAGUACCACUGCCAGGUGGGGAGGUCAGAGGUCAGCCUUGGAAUCGUAUCUAUUACAGCUCUAAUAAAUGUAUUGGUCCCUCCGGAAGCGCCGGUAUUCAAGGAUCACGUGGCGGGCAGCACAGCCACCUGGGUCUAUGGAGAGGAGUAUCCGGUGGCUUGCGGCACCCAGAACGCCAAACCGGCAGCGGUUCUGACUAUUACCAAAAGUGGUGUGGAAGUCACCGUAGAAUCCGGUAACAGUCCCGGCUCCGAAGAAAAGCUGGAGAAUACAGAGGUAACAGCCAGAAUUGUUCCGCAGAGUACGGAUAACGGAAACCUCCUGGUCUGCUCCGCCACCAAUGAAGCUCUUCAGGCCCCGCUCUCCGUGAGCUUCAUAAUGAAUGUUCUAUUUCCCCCUGACACUCCGACCAUUGAUGGCUACGAGGGACCCACUAUAAAGGCAGAUGAAAAGCUAGAACUGAUCUGCACGUCCAGGAGCGGGAACCCUCUGGCGACUUUGCAAUGGCUAAAGAACGAGGAGGUGGUGAAAACUCGCUGGGAGACCGAUUCCAAGAAGAAGUUAUCCAAGAGCCAACUGGAACUUAAAAUCAAGGCGGAGCACAACAAUGCUGUCAUUAGCUGCGAGGCUGUCAAUCAUGUGACGCCGAUGGCCCUCCAGACCAGUAUCACUCUCAAUGUCGUGUUUCCUCCCGCUAAAGUCACCAUUCUGGGCUCCACUAGUGGUGCAGAGAACACAAGCCUGUCACUGUCCUGCUUCACGUCUUCCAGCAAUCCCCCUGUCUACAUCCGCUGGUGGCUAGGACCGGUGGAGCUGGGAGAUACGGUGGUCACCAUAACCGAUUCGGAUCAUGGCGGGAAGAUGACUAUGUCCAACAUUACCACCGUAGUGCAGAGAGAACAUAAUGGAAUGCAGCUGACAUGUGAAGCCUUCAAUGAAGCCAUUCUUUACACUAAGGCCAAUAGUGUUCAACUAAGUGUGCAAUAUCCUCCCCAGAAAAUAUGGAUAGAGGCUCCUCCCCUCGACAUGCGUUUCCGUGCCGGUACUCGCGUCAAGCUAAACUGUUUCACCAGUGGAGGACAUCCAGCACCCCGACUCACUUGGCUCAAGGAAAAGAGGACGGUGACAGAUGGGAAAACGAUCACUGCAGGGAAGAUCGUCUCUCGGGAGAUCAUCCUGGAAACGUCUCCGAGUGACAACCAGGCCACCUAUCGCUGCAACGCCACAAACGAUGGGAAGACCAUACUGUCUGCAACAACCAAAAUUCAUGUCCAGUUCCCGCCCAUAGAUGUGAAAAUUAUCAACGAGCCCAAGGCCUACAAACGGGGCAGUAACAUCACUCUGGAGUGCCGAAGCGGCAGCAGCAACCCGGAGUCCACCAUAACCUGGGUGAAGCAAGGAGCCAUUUUGAAGGGGACGGAUCAGGGGGUGAGAAACGCCGAAUAUGGUGGAAAGUCGACCUCCAGCAAAGUCACGCUGAGCUUGUCCUCGGCGGACAACGGGAAACGGGUGGCCUGCGAGGCUUACAGCAACGUCCUGAAGGAAGGCGUCAACACUUUCUACAAGCUCAACGUCCUCUUCCCUCCGGAGUUCACUGAUGAUCAGCCCAAGGUUGUCCAGGCUGUGGAGCACGGCGCGGCUCUAAUCCCCGUCCUUAUCAAGGCCAACCCAGCAGAGGUCACCUUCACCUGGACCCGCCGGGGGGAGACCCUCAACAGAGAGGGAUCUUACAGACAUCACCUGCGGGGAGCCGGCGCUCUGGAGAUUUGGAAUGUGAGCCGCGCUGAUUCCGGGGAUUACACUGUGACCUGUGAGAACCCGGAGGGCAAAAACAGCACAUCGGUGACCCUGGAUGUACAUUACUCUCCGACUAUUCGUAGCCUUGGGGACCCCACAGAGGUGGAUUUGGGGGGCCGGGCGGAGAUCGUGUGCACAGCUGAUGCCAAUCCGGCCACAGAUGGCAUGUUCCAGUGGAGGUGGUUGGGAGAUGAAGAACGGGAUCUGUCUGGUCUGGAGAGACAAGUUGACGGUCUCACCGGGCGUCUGAUUAUCAAUGAAGCUAAGAGGUCAGAUGCCGGGCGUUACGAGUGCGCGGUGGAUAACGGGGUGCCACCAGCUGUAAGGGCCGACGCUCGGCUGAUUGUGCGCUUUAAGCCAGAGAUACAGAAGGGGGUGCACCUGAGCAAGGUGGCUGUACCAGGAGAUGGGAAGACUUCUACUGGCCUUGUCUGCAAAGCUGAGGGUAUCCCGACCGUCUCAUUCAGCUGGGCAAAGAACGGAGUGACUCUGGAUUAUAAGAACCCCAGGUACUCGGUCCAGACGUUCCAUGAGCAAUGGGUUCACACCAGCACACUGAUCAUCGCUAACGUCAGCGCGGUUCAUGACUACGCCAUCUUUACAUGCACAGCGACCAACGGCCUCGGAUUGGACACCUUCUCCAUCCAUCUCGUCAGCACUAGUCGACCAGACCCUCCAUCGGAUCUGAAAGUCCUCAGUUUCAAGGAAAAUUCCGUCACUUUGGGGUGGAGUGCCGGGUUUGAUGGCGGACUGGAGCAAAAGUUCAGAGUGAGGUACCGGUGGAGCGGAGUAGACAGUUACAUGUAUGUGGACGUUUUCCCACCCCAGUCCACGGUGUUCACUAUUACAGGUCUAAAGGGCAGCACCACCUAUAAUUUCUCAGUCAACGCCAUUAACGUGUUGGGAGACAGCAACUACGCAGAUGGAGAUGCCGUCGUAUCGGUCACCACACAAGAGGACCUCCAACUGGAGCCCCCGAAACCAGAGCCAACACCAGUUGCACCACAAGCAGAUGCCUUUGCAUGGACGCCAUAUUUGUUUGCUGCAAUGGGAGGAGGCGGGGCUCUGCUUAUCAUAUCCAACGCAGGUCUUGUCUGCUGUUUGGUGAGGAGACACAGGAUGAGAACAAAAGAAGGAGAUGCUGCAAAGAAAGACGAGAGCACGUCUAAAGGUGCCCUCAAUGACUACGCAGAUGGAGAACUGAUUAACACUCAUGCCAAGAAGACCUUACUGAUUGACAGCGGCUCUGAAACCGGGUCUAGCGUCUACCAGGAUAGCGCAUCAGAAACUGGACUCUACUACUAUCCUACACGGGACUACCAGCCAUCCCUCUCCCCUCACUAUGAGAGCGCCGAGAGAGGGGAUCCCCGGCUCCAAGACUGGGCAGAGGCUGGAUAUGAGGACUGGUAUGGGGACCCUGAUGCCCAUGAGUAUGAGGAGGUACAAGGAGUUUACCCCCCAUCUUCCAGGUCAAGAUGGCCACCUGGCAUUAUGGCCAGUCAAAGAAGAGAGGCACCAUGGGAAGGGUUCCAGGAGCCAACCAGAAUCUACGAUGAACCUGACAUGACAUCCCCUGCAACGUAUGACACGCCCUAUGGGGAGCAGGGACACUUGGUGUGACCACGGGAGAGUUAUUGAGGGGAUUCUAGCCAACUUGUAAGCCAAAUAGCAAAAUCUUAGAAAAAUAGGGUAUAAGUAAUGAACAAGCAAUAGGAACCGCCCAUUACGUGUGCAUGUAUGAUCAAUUUGGUGGACAAGGUAAAAAUCCAUACUGGAUACAACCCUGGAUCUAUGAGUCAAACUGGAGUCUCUACACAUAGUCCCUGGCCAACCGAAAAGUCCAUACUGGAUACAACCCUGGAUUUAUGAGUCAAACUGGAGUCUCUACAGAUAAUCCCUGGCCAACCGAAAAGUCCAUACUGGAUACAACCC